GGUUUCAGCACCACGGCUAGCUCCUUCCCGCAUUGUCGUGAUUUAGCUCGUGCACCCCUCUGCUUGUUUUGCGGAGCCAACUUUUGACUAAAGGCUGUUGGAGUUGUGAUUUGAGAAAGCUUUAUGUUUUUUCUUUCCAUGUUUCGCAUUCGAGGUGGCUGACAGAAGGAGGACAGCGGGAAGAGGAUCUUCAUCACAACGCACUGAGAUGCAUUGAACAUCAUGCAGUGACGGCACCUCACCAAAUUUAUUAUUUACCUUUAUUUUAGUGCUCAGCUCUGCAACGAAGAUUGCAAGACGACACGUAUAAGAGGAGGAAGACCUUAGUGGAAAAGACAAUCUGCAUGUGAAAGUACUGGAUCUGGUGCUAUCGGAGGCAAGAGAUGCAGCCUACAAGCAAGCUUCUGAGUCUCACCCUCCUCGUCUUGAUGGGCACUGAACUCACCCAAGUGCUGCCAGCCAACCCCGAGGAGUCAUGGCAGGUGUACAGCUCAGCUCAGGACACAGAGGGCCGCUGUGUAUGCACCGUGGUGGCGCCUCAACAGACCAUGUGCUCGCGGGACGCCAGGACCAAACAGCUCCGGCAGCUGCUAGAAAAAGUCCAGAACAUGACCCAGUCUAUCCAGGUGCUGGACCAGCGGACCCAGAGAGACCUACAAUACGUGGAGAGAAUGGAGGUCCAGCUGAAAGGUCUGGAGACCAAAUUUAAACAGGUGGAGGAGAACCACAAACAGAACAUUGCCAGGCAAUAUAAGGCAAUAAAAGCGAAAAUGGAGGAACUUAGACCAUUGAUACCAGUGUUGGAGGAGUACAAAGCUGAUGCAAAAUUGGUAUUGCAGUUUAAAGAGGAAAUCCAGAAUCUGACGUCUGUGCUAAAUGAACUCCAGGAGGAGAUUGGAACCUAUGACUACGAGGAGCUACAAAACAGAGUGUCAAAUCUUGAAGAGAGGCUUCGUGCGUGCAUGCAAAAAUUAGCAUGUGGGAAGCUGACAGGAAUCAGCGAUCCAAUCACAAUUAAGACGUCUGGAUCAAGGUUUGGAUCCUGGAUGACUGACCCCCUGGCACCUGAGGAUGACACUAGGGUGUGGUACAUGGACGGUUACCACAACAACCGAUUUGUGCGGGAGUACAUGUCCAUCUACGACUUUAUGAAUUCCGACAACUUCACGUCUCACCGCCUCCCCCACCCGUGGUCGGGCACGGGUCAGGUGGUCUACAACGGCUCCAUCUACUUCAACAAGUUCCAGAGCCACACCAUCAUCAAGUUUGACUUCAAGACCUCCGUCAUCAGCAAGUCACGCCAGCUGGACUAUGCCGGCUACAACAACAUGUACCACUACUCCUGGGGAGGCCACUCGGACAUCGACCUCAUGGUGGACGAGGGCGGGCUCUGGGCCGUCUAUGCCACCAAUCAGAACGCGGGGAACAUUGUCAUCAGCAAACUGAACCCCAACACCCUGCAGAUCGUCAAGAGCUGGACCACCAAUCACCCCAAGAGGAGCGCAGGAGAGGCCUUCAUGAUCUGUGGUACGCUAUAUGUCACCAAUGGCUACUCCGGUGGGACCAAGGUGUACUAUGCCUUCAGCACCAACUCGUCCACCUACGAGUACAUUGACAUACCGUUCCAGAAUAAGUACUCUCACAUCUCCAUGCUGGACUAUAACCCUAAAGACAGAGCGCUGUAUGCGUGGAAUAAUGGUCACCAGGUGCUGUACAAUGUUACCUUGUUCCACGUCAUUCGCUCCGAGCAGGAGCAGUAGAUAGCUAGCCAUGCUGUGACCUUCUAAUUCUACGGCAGACCUGGGUUCAAAUACUAUUUGAUUACGUUCAAAUAUUUUUUAGCAUUUGCAACAGUUACAUUGGUUCCAUUGCACCAGGCAAGCUCAAAUCAACCGUGGCUAGAUCAACUGAAUUUGAACACAGGUCUGGUCCACAGAUCUUUCAAAGUAGGGGAGAUAUGUAACUCAAAUCAAAGUUUAUUGGAAAUGUACGCAGAUGUGCAUAUGUAAUCGCAGGCGCAGUGAAAUACUAAGUGCUUCUAGCUCAGGGUUUCCCAAACUAGGUCCUCGGGACCCCAAGGGGUACACAUUUCGGCUUUUGCCCUAGCACUACAAAGCUGAUUCGAAUAAUCAACUAAUCAUCAGAUUUGAUCAUAUGAAUCAGCUGUGUAGUGUUAGGGCAGAAAACAAAACCUGCACCUCUUGGGGUCCAGAGGACUUGAGUUUGGGAAACGCUGUGUAACGCCAACAGUGUAGUAAUAUUUAGCAAUAAUAAAAUAAAUACACACAUAAUCCAGAAACAUUUAAAUACAUUAAGAAAUUAAGAAACAUGAGAACGAGCAAUGUCAGAGACCGGAAUAUAAAUAUAUAUACAUAUAAUGGUGUCUAAAGACAGUACGGGCAGUAUAUGGUUCGAAAACGUGUGUACAGCAGUAGUUAUAUAGGAUGAGCCAUGACUAGAAUACAGUAUAUACAUAUAAAGUGGGUAGAACAGUAUGUAAACAUUAUUAAAGUGACCAGUGUUCAAUGACUGUAUGUACACAGGGGCUGUAGUCUCUAAGGUGCAGGGUAGAGUACUGUGGAAGUAGAGAAGUAUCCUGUAUGUUACUCAGUAACAAGAAAUAAAGUACAUCAUGAUAUAUAAUGGGUAGAAGGUAUAGAAACAGAAUGUAAGAACAGGUACCGAAAAGGUAAUGCCUUUCUUGAUUUAGAUGACUUUAAAAGUCUUAUAUUGAUUGUGUUUUUAUGGAAUUACCCACUCUUGACUUCUUUCAUCACAGAGGAAUAGUGCAGCCUAAUGUAUCGUAAUGUAGAAUUGUAUUACUCUAGAAGCUGAAGGGAUAUGAAAUCCUGGGCCUUGUUUAUCAAACUAUAUUAAACCAAACUGUGGGACACAACACACAAUCAUGACCACUUUCCCCAGGUGGGUGCUACUCAUUGGUGGUGGCUGAGGUCACGUUUCCCCUAAACAUCUGGAAAAUGAGAUGAGCAAUGAGACAAGGAUAUCCCAACCGGCCAAGCCCUCCCUAACCCGGACGACGCUAGGCCAAUUGAGCGUCGCCCCACGGACCCCCCGGUCGCAGCCGGUUACGACAGAGACAGCGAACCCAGGGUCUCUGCUGGCGCUGCAGUACAGCGCCCUUAACCACAGCGUCACCCGGGAGGCGAGCCAUGUUUCUUAUUUAUAUUAACAUCAACCCAUAAUGGUAUCCCCAUGCGUUGGUAGCAAAAAAUCUAUUUGGAACAGGUGGAAUGACACCUCAUAACACAAUUCAAAGUAUUCUGUCUUUCCUGCGCAAUACGUCCUCUCAGGAACCAACACAACACAACCACUCAUUUGCAUGGGAUCACCUGUAGGUAUAUUGUAGGAUCUGAGUAUGAUUGAUAAAUGAGGCCCAAUGGACCACAGUGUAAAGAAUCUAGUCAAUGACAAUACCGUAUAUCUGGGAACACAGACUACAGACAGUUAAGGCAAAGACUGUUGGAAGCACCCUGUUUCAUUAAUGUUUCUUUGUGGUGUGUAUUUUCUCUUUUUGUAUUUUCUCUUUUUGCAUGGGCAUUUUUACCAACCAAAAUGGUUCCCUUCUCUGGAUGUAUUUUGCAAUAUUAUGACGCUGUUGUACAGGAGACUAGUUUAGCAUUGCUAGGAGGCAGGCUUUUUACUUUCUUAUUGUCAUUGGGGUUGAUAUACAGUAUGUUAUUAUUGUUGGUAUUGAUAUUUACUGUAAUAGCCUGUCUUUGUAGAUUGUAUUGUAUUUGACGAGCUUGUAUAUUUCUGUCAGGCAAAAAAAAAAAAAAAAAACGACACUGUAACAAUCACGAGAAUGUGCAAACAAUGUACCUAUGAGCCAGUGUAGUAUCCAUUGGCUAUUGUUUUAAUUUGACAUCACAAAUCUUCUGUCUGUUUCUUAGAGUGAUAAAUUGUGACAUUUUAUUCUGUUGAGCUCGCAUAUGUAUCUGCAACAACAGUCAUAUGAAUAAACAUGAGCUUUGUUCUACAA